AUGCCGAAGCCACAGAUAAACCAGUUCUGGAUAUGGACCCUAAGCUCUGUGGCAGUCAUGGUCCUCUUGAUCAUCACAUUGCCUGUACUGCAGUCUCUGUUGACAGGCUUGCCUACCAAUUUUUCGAAGCCUCUAGGUGGGGAAGACACACAGCGCACCAUUUACAAUCCAAGCGAUGAUGUUUUACGUGGUUCCAGCGCUUCUAAGGGAAACUCAAAUUUUCUCUUCGAAUUCCUCGAGCGCCCUGAUAUCGAGUCGCUUGACAGCACCGUUGACGGAGCAUGGAACCAAGCGAUGAACACUCCUCUUGGUGGCUUCCUCCUGGUCCGGCAUAACGAGACGUAUAGCCAAGGCUGGGGCGUGAGCAUGUUUCACAGCAUCCAUUGCUUGGGAAUAUUACGCUCAACAAUGCAAAACUACUUUGGUCUUGCCCCAGAGAAUGGUGGCCAUGCAGCGCAUGCGCAUGGCCAGCGCGACGGUGCAACUUUGCAUGUAGACGAGAGAAAGCAUGUCGAACAUUGCUUAGGAUAUAUCGGUCGAGCCCUACUAUGCAAUGGAGACGACACCUUGGAGCCCCCAUUUACAAAAUAUGAUGCUGCGGGCAACAUACUUCUGAGUGGCGUCAAUGGGCAAGGACAUCAGCAUUCUUGCCGCGACUCGACGCUGGCUUGGAAGACUGUACUUGAGGCAGAGGAGAAUCCUGUCGAAUCCUUCGACUGGUCUCCGGGAGCUACAAUUCGGAGUGUAUUUGGGAGACAAUAG